AUGGCCACUCUGUUUUUAAUCAAAACUCAAGAUGUCGGAGAUCAGGUGUUGGGUAGUUUUGAUCGAGUGCUGAAGCUAGAAUCUAUUUCCGAUCUAAUCGUUCGACUUUACAGAGACAGGCUGUCGAACAUUAACAGCUAUGAAAAGAGUCUCUCGAUGGUUGUUUACGGUAAUGUGCCAGCACGGGGUACGCGUGAGAUUACGCUAGAUACGCUGGAACUGGAGGAACUCCGAGAGCUUUUGCAACAGCAGUUUCCAUGCUUCAACCUGACUGUAACGUCUCCCGCAGAUGCUGCUGACCGAGCCGCAGAGAUCCUGUCGAGGCAACUUGGGCAUGACAGCCGGCUGUCGCGAAUGUUGAAUUGGAUGUACUCUGAAAACACGAACCAAUGUUCCUUGAAGGUGUACACCAUGCUGGAACACCUCAGCGAGGUUCGUCACCCGCUUCAGAAGCCUUACUCGUCGCUGAUUGCGAAAGAAAUCGAUCUACGCAGUCUUUUGGAGCUUCCAGAACACAACAGUGAACAACAUUACUGGAACCAGCUAUCUACUUGGGAUUUUUCUGCACUUUCCCUGACCACUUCCGAGCUAAUAUGGGUCAGUUUCCUCAUUCUCGAUAGACUAUCGACCGAGGCUCAUAUACGGAUCUCAAGCAGCGACCUAUUUCUACUGUUGCUCAACCUCGAGGCAUCAUAUCACCAGGGCAAUAAAUUUCACAACUUUCGGCAUGCCGUGGACGUUAUGCAAGCAACAUGGCAGCUAUGUUGUUGCCUUUCAUCUUACAUAAAAAGCAGCCAAGACGUACUCCUUCUUUGCAUAGCUGCCAUAGGACAUGAUAUCGGUCAUCCUGGUACUAACAACGCUUUGUUGUGCGAGCACCACUCUCCUAUUGCGGAAAUUUAUGGCGGUUGCUCCGUUUUGGAGAAUUUCCACGGCGAAGUCUUCAUUUCUCUCCUUCAGACUCAUUGGCCUCUCGUGGCCUCAAGUCAGAGGUUGGCAAUCUCAGAUGCUAUCCUUGCAACUGAUAUGGCAUUGCAUUCUCAAUACUUAGAUAAGCUCGAGUCCGCUCCAGUUACAUGCUCAACAUUAAUGUCUCUCAUCAUCAAAGCUGCUGAUAUAUCUAAUGUUACCAGACCGUUAGAAAUUUCAACUCAAUGGGCGGUGCUAAUCACAUGCGAAUUCGAUGAAUGCACUUUGCUUGAGAAAAGAUUAAAGGAAGGCGAUAAAUUCACAGGUACCUCCGAAUCCGACGUUAAUAUCCCAUCUACUUUAAACAGUAUACUUGAAAAAUACCCAUCUAUUCCAAAAGGUCAACUGUUUUUUAUAAACACCUUUGCUCAAAACUUAUUCGCAGGGCUAAGUGAUAAAUUUGAAGAAUUGAAAUUCUUGAAUGAAAACGUCCAGUCAAACAAAAAAUUUUGGUUGGGGAAAUGUUGA